AUGUGUAGAAAAGUCUGCGGUGUUUCACCCAAACACUUUCUCAGAUAUGAACUUAGUGUUAUUGUUAUUUCUGUAGGGUUAACAUGCACAGAACAAAAUUUUGUGACUAAGGCUGGUGCCCAGCGAGCUGCAGCUGAACAUGGUCUCAUCGUAGUGGCUCCUGAUACCAGUCCUCGUGGAUGUGGUAUUGAAGGAGAAGAUGACAGUUAUGAUUUUGGUAGUGGUGCUGGUUUUUAUGUUGAUUCUACUGAAGAUAAAUGGAAAAGUAAUUACAGAAUGUAUUCAUAUGUCACCAAAGAACUUCCUGAGAUCAUUAACAGCAACUUUCCUGUUCUAACUGAUCAGUGUUCCAUAUUUGGCCAUAG